AACUUUGAUUCAGAAAAAUUCGAUCACUAAAAUCUUUUUAGACCCAUUAAGGGUUGCCUGCCCUAAACCCGCCCCAUUUCCAAAUCCGCGCUACCUCGAAUUCUCCACCCUUGACCCUUCCAAAAGGAAAAGCAAAAUGUCUCAAGUGGCAAAGAAAGAAGAACGAGUAGGAAAUGGAAGGAGCUAAAAAAGAUAUUCCGAUGAUCAAAAAAUGGCUUAAUCAACACCAUCAGCUAUAUACCGCUGCCACAAGACACCCAUUUACCCUUAGCAUCCGUGAUGGGUCUGUUCAACUCUCUGCCUUCAAAAGAUGGCUGGGGCAAGAUUAUAUAUUCGUUAGAGCCUUUGUCCCUUUCGUAGCAAGUUUACUUCUGAAAGCUUGGAAGGAGUCGGACGAUGAUUCAGACAUAGAGGUUAUCUUAGGCGGUGUUGCGGCACUGAAUGAUGAGAUAUCAUGGUUCAAGAGAGAAGCAUCUAAAUGGAAUGUUUCACUGUCCAAUAUUGUUCCUCAAAAGGCCAACCUAGAAUAUUGCAGAUUUUUGGAAAGCUUAAUGAGCGAUGAUGUAGAAUAUACUAUUGCCGUUACAGCUUUUUGGGCAAUUGAAGCUGUCUACCAAGAAAGUUAUGCGCAUUGUUUAGCAGAUGGCUCUAAAACUUCAGAAGAACUAAAAGAGACUUGUCAAAGAUGGGGCAAUGAUGAUUUUGGUCGGUAUUGUGGUUCUCUUCAAGAUAUAGCUAAUCGUCGUCUUGAGAAGUCACCAGAAGAUAUUAUCUCAAAAGCUGAGGCAAUUGUUAUACGUGUACUGGAGUAUGAAGUUGAGUUUUGGAGCAUGAGUCGCGGGGAAAACUGAGUGCCUCUUGACUGACCGUCAUUUAUGAGUCGCGAGAAAAACUGAGUUCAUGUGGUUUAGAAGUCUAUUCCAUCUAUAAACUAGGACGGUAUGUUGUACUCUACAUAGAAACAUGACAUUGUCUUAUAGCAAACAAUUGUACUUUGGCAUGAUUUUGGCCUCACUAGAUCACUCUUGGAAAUGUGUCUUUCAUGCAUUUAUGUAAAUUUUAUUGGGUGAAAGAAGCAAUCGCUCUAUAAAAAUAUAGAGUUCUUGAUGUUAAACUCAGGAAAGUGAUUGGUGUCCCUAGGUGAAUUUUGCAUCAUUUUGUUA